AUGAGUCCGCGCUUCCUUUCCACCACGAAUGCCACUGCCACCACUAUACACUACAUUGCCUCCUUCCUGCUGGCUGCCCUUGGGAGCAACGCCUUGCCAAGUGCCAAGGACAUCACAAAGAUCCUGGGCAGCGUGGGCAUCAACGCAGAUGAUGACUGGUUCAAUAAGGUUCUCAGCGAGCUGAAAGGUAGAAACAUUAAGGACGUGGUUGCUCAGGGUAUCAGCAAACUGGACAGUGAGCAAAGAGGUGGGACUGUGGCCGAGUCUGCUGCUCCAGGUGCGGUGGAGCCAGCUGCCGCGAUGGUCCCUAAAGCAGUGGAGCAGAAGAAGCAGAAGAAGAAAGAGUCAGAAGAGUUGGACAAUGACAUGGGGUUUGGCCUGCUUGACUAG